AUUAUUCUAAAAACAUCACUCAAAAAUCUCAUUCACCGCCAUCUCCUCCGUCCUGUAGCCACCCCCGCCGCCGCCUCUGCUGCAGACCCAUUUAACAUUUCCUCUCAAUCUCAACCCUCGGCACAUUUUGGUUUACAAAACUCAAAGUCGAUUUUGACAGGACAUUUUUCAAAUGAUGACAAAUUUCUUCUGAAUUGGAUUUUUGUAUCCGAUUUGCCUACCUUUGAUUUGUCUCUGAUGAAGCUACGUGGCAGCCGUUCGACUAGUAGUAAACAACGUCCCGAUCUGGAAGAAGAUGUCGAAGACGAUGAUGAAGAUGAUUUUGAGGACGACGACGAUGAUGAUGCAUCGAAGGGCUUUGAUGAUGUAGAUGGAAGCUGCGAUGAUUCUGAUGAUGAUGGCUACGGCCGUCGUGGUAGCGGCCACGGUGGCGGUUCCCGUGGUGGCGGCGCUUAUACAGCGUGAAAUU